AGCAACAGCAGGAGGAGGAGGAGGAGGAAGGUGAAAGUGAAUGGACGGCGGUGGAAAUAACCUAAAAAUAAUCGUUCUCGUAGGAAGGUGAUCGUCAUGAUCGUUCCACGAUGUCGCAUCUCGUACGCGUGACUUAGGAGAUAGGAGAAGCGUGCAAUUAUCGCAAAAAAUAUGGACGCCUGUAACGAAGGCGUAGACCGGACAGGAACAUCCGAUGAUACUACCGCGAGAAAAACCUGGCCAGAACUACGCGGUGUGGUCAGCGACUUGAGGAGAAGAUUGUCAGGCGUAUCGGCGGGCUCGGUGCCUGGAUCCAUAACGUUUCGAUCUUUGCCCGAUGGACGCACCAGAAUAUAUUUUCUCAGUACUCCGAACAACGGUUGGGAAACUACGCUUUUGUACGUCGAUAUUGCACACUCCGAUCAUGCCAAUGGGUAUCGGCUUCACUGGCAACCGGUCAUAGAAGCAAACUUUCAAAGCGUAUCCAGUACAAAUAGAUUGUCGAGGGAGGAGCAGCUCUUGUGGGAAAGGAAGAGGCUAGCUACUUGGGGUAUAACUAGUUACGAAAUUCAUGCGGAAAGCGGCAAGUUAGUUUUUCCAGCUGCAAGUAGUUUGUAUCAAUGUAUAGACACAGGCUUUAUGCCUGGACCCUUGUUCCCAUCCGAGAUUAGAAUAUCUGCUUCGGGUGCUAAACUGUGUCCUCAAAUUUGUCCAUGGAACAACGCGUUGAUCGCUUAUACGUGCUCCGGUGACUUGUAUUUGUCGCACAGCGUCACAGGAUCGUCCGUGAGAUUGACUCAUGCUAGAAAAGGAGGCAGAAGUUUGACCGACGAUCCUCUUACCGCCGGUACCCCUUCUUACGUCAUGCAAGAGGAGUUCACUAGGUACAUAGGUUUCUGGUGGCAACCAAAGUCUAGCGACGGCAUUUAUAGAAUAGUCUACGAAGAGGUCGACGAGAGCGACGUGAAAAUAUUUUGUUUCCCUUCGACGUCAAACUCCGAAGAGAUAGAUGAAUUUAGAUUUCCUCGAGCCGGCACGUCGAACGCUAGGAGCAAUUUGAAAAUGGUGCAGUUUCGAUUAACGGAGACCCUGCAGAUCGUUGACGUUGAAAUAUUAGAACUCCAGUAUCCGCUGCAGAUCAUGUUUCCUUGGAUGGAAUAUAUGGUCAGAGUCGGUUGGACGCCGGACGCUCAAUACGUUUGGGUGCAGUUAUUGGACAGGAAACAACAAAAGCUCGAGCUGGUCCUACUGUCGGUCGACAACUUUUCCGAACCUCCUACGAGCGUAUACAACACCAAAUCUUCCUCCGCGAGCGUCCAGGUUUUGUAUUCCGAGCAGAGCACCGUUUGGGUCAACGUGAACGAUUUGCUUCACUUCUUGCCCUCGGACGAACCGACGGAAGUAAAAUUUCUUUGGGGCAGCGAGGAGUCGGAAUUUCGACACUUGUACCUCAUAACGUCCAGCAUAACCGGUUUGAGCAACGGAGUGGAAGAAUCGCUGGAUCGAAUGGAUAGUAUCUUUCUGCAGCCACGCGUUACCUCGAAGAUCGCGUUGACGCAAGGCGAUUGGGAAGUAUUGGGUAAAAAAUUAUGGGUGGACGAUAGCAAUUCUAUAGUUUAUUUUUGCGGCUUGAGAGAGGGUCCGUUGGAACAACACGUGUACGCCGUCUCCCUUCGUCGACCAUUGGAAAUAAGACUUUUAACGAGACCCGGAUAUAGUUACAACAACGUAUAUUUCAACAAGGAGUGCACUAUGCUAGUUACCGUCUACAGCUCCAUCAAAACGUUUCCCAUAUGCCAAGUGUUUAGGGUGUCUCAGUCAGAUUGGACGGUGGAGAGUAUAACGCUUACCCCGGUCGGUUACUUGUUGGAACCGUCUUCUCCCGAAUUAGAUUUAUUUGCACCAGAGAUUUAUACCUACAAGAUAAUGUCGGGGGAUACGAUUUACUCCAUGAUUUUUAAGCCUCAUAAUUUUCAAGCGGGAGUAAAGUAUCCUACGAUAUUGAACGUUUACGGCGGACCGGAGGUACAAUUGGUAUCUAAUACGUUCAAAGGUAUGAGACACUUAAGAAUGCAUAUGCUGGCCGCGCAAGGCUAUUGCGUUGUUUUAAUCGAUUCUCGUGGCUCGCAGCACAGAGGAUUGGUAUUUGAGAGCCAUUUGCAACGUCGAAUGGGAACCGUCGAAUUGAACGAUCAGGUCGAAGUUUUAAGAUGGCUAGCGGAAACGACGGGAUACAUCGAUUUGAAUCGCGUCGCCCUUCACGGUUGGUCUUACGGCGGAUACCUGAGUCUUAUGGGUUUGAUACAAUAUCCCGACGUAUUUAAGUUGGCGAUAGCCGGGGCACCGGUUACAUCCUGGAACUUUUACGACACCGGUUAUACCGAGCGUUACAUGGACCUUCCUCAAAACAAUCCGCACGGUUAUAUGACCGGUUCGGUUUUAACGUACGUUAGCAAGUUUCCGGACGAAGAGAAUAGACUUUUGAUCAUUCACGGACUCAUAGAUGAAAACGUUCACUUUUUCCAUACCAGUCAGUUGAUAAAUGCUCUUGUAAAAACUGGAAAGCCGUAUCAAUUGCAAAUCUAUCCGAACGAAAGGCACAGCCUCCGAAAUUUAGAUGCUAGUAAACAUUACGAAACUACCUUGCUAUCGUUUCUGCAAAAUCAUUUAUGAACCUGCUCUUUUACACGCCGAUUAGGUCAAUUUUACACACCGAUCGCUGGUCGCACGAACGACCCUUUUUUAAAAAUUUAAGUAACUGCCAUUGUUUUAUGUAUAUAGAACUCAAACCGAAUUAACGAUCUGUCGCCGUUUUUCUACAUCUUCGCGAUGGUAUAGACAGGUAUUCGAUUUUAGGCCCUGUGUCGAACUCGAAGCCUCGGGGGUAUGUUUAAGCAGUAUUACAUUUUUACUACGAGAACUUGCAAUAACGUCUAGACGAUACGUACGUUCGAAACGUACGCUAUCGUUAUUAAUAUUAUUAAAGAGACCUGUCGAAUAUCCCAUAAGCAUAUUAAACGAAAAUAAUCCACCGUCUGAAAGCGCUUGAAACGCGAGAUUGAACCGACGUUGUACCACUUUGUUAUGCCAUGGAACCAUCGCGGAAUACGUUAAAAACACACGUCUCUCGAGUCCGUGACACAAGCUCGUACGUUUAUUACGAAGGCUUACCAUCUAAUAACCGUAAUAACGAUCCUAGAUAUUUUUUAAGAAAAUCGACAAUACUCGCAAUUAUUUUGUACAUAUAUAUAUAUAGAUACAUACAUACAUAUAUAUAUAUAUAUACACACACACACCACACAUAAAUACGUGCGUAUAAUCAAACGUAGAUCUGCAUAAGAUUUUUGUAGGGCUUUUACCCUAAUUGUACUUAGAACGUAUUUCUGCUAUACAAGAUAAUACGUAUAUAUGUAUGUAUGUACACGCACAUACACAUAUAUACAUAUGUCUGUCUUCUUUUGGUUAUCACAAUUUUCCGCUUGAUUAUGUAUAUACGUGUGAAACUGUCAGAUCUUUUUACAGUAAACAAUUAUGAAAAGUAUUUUAGCGAUAACACUAUUUGCGAUCUUGAUCAUUGUGAAAUUACCGUAUAUCCGAUGGAUAAUCAUUUGUCAAUAAAUAAAUUCGCUAUUUUA